AUGACAGCCAUAUUACCACGAGGACUCAUCGAUACUAUCCCGGCGGUCGAACAAGAUGUCUUUGGCGCUGUCGACUCUGUGGCCGACAAUGCGGAAGCCCUGCACCACUUCUGGAGAUACUUUGCUGUACAAAGCGACCUUUCCGGUGAUCCCAAAUGUACUAGGGCACGCAAUCUCUUUUGGCGAAUCUGGAGCGAUCCAGAGCUUUUUCAUAACAUGACAGUGCCUCGCCUCAUGCAGCUAUGGCGUCGUUGUGAAGACCAGUUUGAUCUUAGGCCCAUCGGACACAUCAACGUAUCCUCCAGAGUGCAGCAACUGAGCACAUCAGGCCUGACACAGGAAUUGACGCCCUCGAUGGUCCCAGCCUCCGAAUCACCGAGCCCUCUAUCACAUCCGAUAGAUCCUAAUUACUUGGAAACUUUCCCGCCAUUGUGUCAAGAACCACCGGGGAGACGACUCCAGUAUGAUUCAUCAAACGAGCUGAUCCCCAUACGAGAUCAAUCUUCGGCGCGAACUUCGGCCCCUGCUUCAAACACAGCUUCUGGUUCAUCUUCCAGGCCCGCCCUGAGUCGGACUACUAGCGGCAGUCGGUCGAGAAUCCCAAUCGUGGCCACAGCAGGGAGAACUAGGACCAAACCUCAAUUGGGGCGACGAAAGUCGAGUUCAUCUCGGGCCACAUCAACAAUACCAAAUGCGCCAAAGCCCUCCCGGACGCCUACAGAGCCUUUUGGAAGGGCAUCUGCCUCAGCAAGUAGUAGCCAUGCUGCGGGCCGUGCAAGCACGAGGGGUCCACCGCCGGGUCUGCUCAACCCUCCAGCGAUGCGGAACUCGGCGAAUUUCCUGGUGGCUUCUCCCUCGUCCUGGCAAAGUGUCGGUUCGAGAACACCUACACCUCCGACGGGCGUGACGGCUCCUGCAACAACUUCAGCAGAUCUGGUCGAGCGUGAUUUUCGUGGCAAAUUUGUGGAGGCACAGAAGAGAUUGAACAGCUUCACCAACCUUCCAGUACUUAUGCGCAUGCCGAAGAACAAGAGUGUGGUUCGCUUCGUUGAUGAGAAUCCCUCGGACGAAGGAAAGGGCAAAGGCAAGGCAAUAUUGGCCGAAUCUCCGGAGGCGAGUAUGGGCGCCCCAUCUUUGUGGUCAAGCAUACAUGCUUCGCCGUCGGCUAGUGACGAUGAGGGUAGUUCGGAUGACGCAGUGGAGUUACCUCGCACGAAAAGCCAACUGAGUAUGCUAAUCAAGCACAAGAGGGCGCAGACGGGCAGUCAGGAUCUCGGGCCGGCCAUCAGUCUAGUCGAGCCGAGUGCUAGGGCCAGGGACAAGGACAAAGGCAAGGCCAAAGAGGAGGAACUAUUGUCCAUGGCACGUAGAGACGGAGUCACCAAAGCAGGAGGUGUGCAGGUCCCGGCAUCGCAUCGCAUCUCGGGAGACGACCCUGGGUAUCUUUCACCUUCGAGUCCAGAGCCAUUAUUUUGA